AUGACAGGUACUAUUGAAUGCAUUUCCAUCGGAAUUAUCUCUUUGCUUUUUAUAAAAAUUUAUGCAUUAUUUUACAAAACCCAAAAUGAAAAAGAUGUAAAGGAAAAACAAGAUGCUGGCGGUGCGGGAGCUGCUGGUGAUUGUUCCAGCCCGGAGCCAAACGUAAAAGUCGACAUCAUAUGCGACAUAACGAACAAUUUCGGAAGGCAUUAUGUGAAAGAAGUUAUUAAAAGGAAAAACAUCAUAGGCAUAAUUCCUGUAUACAAAAACUACAAUAAGGAAUAUCUGGACAUCUCCAUAUUUAACAGUUUUAUGGCCCAGCUGUUUAACUUCCUAAAUAUGCGAAAUGGAAAGUUAAUACUAGCCAAUGAAGAUAACUGCGUGAUAAACUUUCUGCAUAAAGAAUUAGAUAUGGAAGAAAGUGAUGACGAUGAGGAGGAAAUAUUGCUGGCCUCUUGUAUUAUCAUCAACGAGAAGGUGUCUAUAAUUGUCUGCGUCAUUAAUUACGAAGCAGACAUGGAAAAACAACUGAAUUUUUUCAUAGGGAAGAAGAAAAAAGACAUUUUUGUUAUUAUAAAUAAUUUAUUCUUAAGUAAUAAGAAUGGCAUUGUAAAAGAGAAGAUGAAGAACAAGGGUUGUAAAAAUAAGGAAUAUUUAACCGAUUUUUAUUCCAUUAUACAAAUAAAUAUGAAAAAUUUUUGCUACUUUUACAAACGUUUGGGAAAUAAUUCAUUUUCGGAAACGUAUUUAAAUGGAUACAUGUAUGACAAUCUUGUCAACACCAAAAUUUAUAACUCCCUGAUGGACAUGUAUCACGAUUUAAUUUCGGAAGCCAUAAAAAAGGAUAAUAAAAAAAUCAACAUGAAGAAGUUUUACACCUUUUAUGGAGAAAAAUGCGAUUACACCAAAAUUGUAAAAUUUACCUUGAUGAAGUUGGAAAACAACAUGUUGUUAUUUUAUAUAUAUGACAUAUAUUCCUAUGUGUACUACCAGCUAAUUUUAUACUUCUCUCAGAAGCAGUCCAUAUAG